AUGAAUGAACCACAGGGAGUCAGCUCGUUACCUCUGCCUCCUAUGAUGUACAUAGCUAACUACUCUGAUGAUAGAGUACUUAACAAGACCACACCAACUCCUCUACCUGUGCAAGAAGCGUAUGGAAUGUUUGGAGCUAAUUUCGUUUCUAAUGAUGAUAUUAUUCGUCCUCUUGAGUCACAGGGUCUUAAACGUCUUCAUCCGCAGCGUUUCGAUCAUAAGAAGGAGCUGAAAAAAAUCAACCAUUCUAUUCUAGUCAACUUUCUAGACCUUAUAGACACGCUUAUUGUCUGUCCGAAUGGCCCAAGACGAGAAGAAAAGUUGGACGAUAUGAACUUGCUCUUUAUUCACAUGCAUCAUUUGAUCAAUGAAUUUCGUCCACAUCAAGCGAGGGAGACAUUGCGCGUCAUGAUGGAAGUACAGAAAAGACAAAGACUUGAUACAGCAGAGCGGUUCCAAAAACACCUGGAGAAAGUAACAGAGAUACUUCAAGGUUGUUUUACAUCAUUACCUGAGAAUGUGGAGAACAUUGACAGUAAAGUCGCUGCCAAGAUAGAGCCAGAAGCAGCUGAAAUUAUGGCCAGAGCAAAGGGAAAUGAUGUCGUUGUUAAGAGAGAGACUGAAAACAAGAUAGAUAAAGAAAAGAAUGAUGGAUCUCGCUACAAGGAUAAACUCAUGUGUGAUCUUAUUGAUCAACUGUAAAUCAGUUGUCAAGAGACUUGUUUUUAAACAUCCAUUAUGGAUGUUGAUUACUUCAUUGAUUAGGUCUAUCUUCAGAAUAUAUUGACAGAUCAGCUCACUAUGAUUUGUAGUUAUUUUUGUUUUGAAUGAAGAUACUGUACCAGUGUUGAUUCAGGCCACAGUGCCAAAUGAUGUCAGUGUAAGUUUUGUUUUGUCAUAAUGAAGUAGAUUCUGAUGUAAAAAUGUUGAAUAUCAUGAAUCCUGCUAACCCUCUACAGUGUACAUACACAUUUAUAGGGAGCUCAGAUAUAAUAUCUAGAAACUGGAAUAUCUCAUCUUGUUGGACUCCUGCUAGCCUUGGUAAGAGGGGAGGGAGUUAGUGAGGGGGGGGGGGGGGGUCAUCCUUGGAAUUAUCUUCAACUAAGAGUCCUUUCCAUAAGACAUGUUUGCUUUCAAUCUCUGAGCCCACCCUCUCAUUAAAGUCAUCUUUCAGUCCAUGGUCAACUCCUGUAAAUUGUCAAAUCAUGAAAAACAUUGUUUCUGAGCUUAUACUUAUCAGACACAGUGCUGUUUACAGUCAUGUGACUGAAGUGAGAGUUGCUACAGGAGAAAGAAAUAUUAAGUGGAAGGCAGAGUUGUUCAAGACAUUGUCCUCUUCAUUUCAAGGCUACAUGUAUUUGAAUAAAUAUGUUUGUAAUGAUUGUCUAUAGAUCUACAAAGAAUGUCUUUUUCUCUGAUGACAAACACCUUUUGCAUCUAAACUUAACAGAGGACAAUGAAUAUAUUGAGAAGGUUACACUGGUAUCAAACGAGAUCAUUAAUUGCUAUGAAGCAAUCCAAACUUAGUAACCAGCUGCUUUGAAGAAAAGCAGGACAAAAAAUCAUAGGGAUACAUUGGUGAAAGUUGAAAGAAAUCUGAUAUAUAUAAGUAAGUUAUGAUGUAAUUCACUAUGUGCAUGUACUACAUUAUAUGUCUAUUAAAAAUCAGCAAAUGAGUAACGUCAUUUGUUCCAUCUCACAAUUUACUGAAAUACCAUUUUUGAAAAUUUUACUUGCAUCACAGAGUAUAAUGUUGAAUGGAUUACCGGUACCUAUAAAAUAAAUACAUGCUAUCAAUAUUAAAUUGCUUGUAGUGCAGCACUGAAGGUGACUGAGCAUAAUUGUUAGUCAUUCAUCAAGAGCGAAGUAUAAGCCAUUUUGUCCCAUACUUUACCAAACCAACCAUAUCUAAGAUUUUAGUAUUUCAGAUUUUUUACCGUAUCAAGCUGAGGGUCCUACUAGAGCUUGAAUCAGACAAAAUAUGGAAUAAAUUGUAUUUUAUGUAAAUUUAUGGUCACCAUUUCAUAACAGUAUCAAAUACUUGUUAACUGAUCUUUAAUAUGGGACAUACAUGUUCAUUGUACAUGGACUUGCCGAAAUGCAAACAGACCAUUAUAGAAACUAGAAAGGUUCAGAGGAUUAAAUGAAGAUAUUUAUGAUUGAAGUAGACCCUUUAAUCCUGGGAGAUCUUUAUUAACAUGUACUCUGAUGUACAAAUGUAUAAUGACCCUGUUCAAUAUGACAAUCACAUAAGAAAACACUCAUAAUUCUUUGUAGAGUAGCAGUUACAUUUUUUAUCACAUAUAAUUCAGGAAUAAAUGUCAAUAUCAGGUACAUGUAGAACUACAGUAAAGGAGCAGAAGACAGAAGCAGUCUCAUAUCUAUCAUUCUUUUCUCAACUGUUUAUGAACAAAUAUGCUAAUAAAUUACCAUUUUUUAUGUACAGCAGUGA